AUGAGGGGGGCACGGGGGGCACUACAGGCCGUGGUCCUGUUGGCGGCGCUCUUGAUGAGACCUCUCCUAGCAACAGCAGCCGACGGCCCGACGUUCCACAAGACGGCGCUCGAGCACCCCCCAUACAACCUGAACUAUUUCGAGGACUCGGAUGUGGUCCUGUUCCAGGAUGAGCGCAGCGGCACCAUCUUCCGCAGCGACGAUGCCGGCUCGACCUGGCACCCGGUCAAGGACAUCGAGGCCGGCAGGGCCGUCCAGCUUGUCAUGCACGCAUACGACCCCCAGCGAGCCUUUGUACUGACCGAUGGCAUUCACCACUACAAGACCACAGACCGCGGAAAAUCGUGGCAGUCGUUCCUGGCCGACACCGAGAUGAGCAUCUACCGCGGCGAGGUGCUCAACUUCCAUGCCGGCGACCCGGACAGCAUCAUCUUCAACGGCAUGGACUGCCGCAAGUCGCUGUUUUGCGAAGAGGUCGCCAUGUACACCACCGACGGCUUCCGCUCCGACGCAAAGUUCCUGCGCGGCUCCACCAGGGGAUGCUGGUGGGCAAAGUCCUCCAAGAUGUUCGCGACGGGCGACGACGAGAUGGACAAGCAGCGCGCCCUCUGCAUCGUCGCCGACGCACUGUCCAUGUACAAGCAGGAUCAGCGCCUCCUGGUCUCAGACAACUACUUCAGCGCCGCCAAGGCCGACGGCGUCAUCCAGGAGUUCGAGCCCAAUCUAGACACGAACCAGCCGGUCCAGGGUAUCAUCAACGUCGCCGCCGUCAAGAAGUUUCUGCUCGUGGCCGCCAACUCCAAAAACACGGACGAGAUGGCGCUGUUCGUCACCGACGACGCCAAAAAAUGGCACAGAGCCGUCUUUCCCACCGACCACAAGCUCAACCAGGAGGCGUACACGGUGCUCGAAAGCACAAACUACAGCAUCCAGAUAGACGUCAUGACGACGCACCGCUCGAACCCCAUGGGCGUCCUGCUUACUAGCAACUCCAACGGCACUUAUUUCACCCGCAACAUGGAGCACACGAACCGCAACCACCGCGGCCACGUCGACUUUGAAAAGAUCUCGGGCAUCCAGGGAGUCUUCCUCGUGAACAAGGUUGCCAAUGCGGACGAGGUCGCAAAGGACCGCAGCGUGAAGAAGAAGGUCGUGACCGAGAUCACGUUUGACGACGGCAGGACCUUCGAAUCCGUCACGGCCGACAAGGAGAAGCUCCACCUGCACUCGGUCACCGAUCUCGACAACGUCGGCCGCGUCUUCUCCAGCCCGGCUCCGGGCCUGGUCAUGGCCAACGGCAACACAGGCGACCACCUGGGGAAGCUCGAGGACUCGAGCCUGUACAUAUCGGACAACGCCGGCGUGUCAUGGAUCAAGGGCCCCAAGGGUCCUCACAAGUACGAGUUUGGCGAUCAGGGUUCCGUUCUGGUGGCUGUCCGAGACGGCGAUCACGUCGACGAGAUCACCUACUCGCUCAACCACGGCAAGGACUGGAAGACGGCCAAGCUGCCCGACGGCAUCAAGCUCAAUCCGGGCUUUUUGACCACAACCCAGGACUCUACGAGCCUCAAGUUCAUCCUUGUGGGACAGGAUAGCUCGCGCAAGUUUUACAUCAUCGCCAUCGACUUUGACGGCCUGCACGAAGCAACCUGCAAAGAUGGCGACAUGGAAGAGUGGUUCGCCAGGGUCGACGACAAGGGCAAGCCGACAUGCAUCAUGGGCCACACUCAAAAGUACCGCCGGCGGAAGAAGGAUGCCGAGUGUUUCAUCAAGCAGGAGUUCAAGGACCCCGUCGCGGAGAUGACGCAGUGCGACUGUGCUGACCAGGACUUUGAAUGCGACUACAACUUCAAGCGAAAUGGCGACAAGUGCGAGGCCAGCGGGCCGGUGGCCGCCCCCAAGGACGCAUGCAAGAACGCCAAGCCGGAUGACGUGUUCAAGGGGUCGUCGGGCUGGCGCAAGAUUCCCGGUGACGACUGCAAGAGGGUGGACGGGAAGCAAAAGGACGAGCAGGUCGAGCACAAGUGCAAAGACUCGACGGCGCCUCCUGUGUCGAAGCCGAGCGGCAAGAUCAAGUCUACCAAGGGGGACUUUGAGGGGGAAUUCACCACCUUUGAGAAGUACUAUCUGGAGAAGGGCGACGAUAGCCAGGACACGGACGAGACUAUCGUUGCCAGGCCACUCAACAUGGAGAACAGGAAGGGCGGUCCGGUCUUUUUGACUACCGACCAUGGCAAGACUUGGAAGCAGCCUGCGGCGCUCAAGGGCGAGGGUUUCUGGACCAUCUUGAGGCACCAUUACUUCAAGGAGAUGGCAUUCUUCAUCAAGGAGUCGGGCGAGGUGACGUACACGGCCGACCGCGGUCUUCACUUCCACGAGUUCAAGGCACCGAACCCGGUCGACACCACGCUUGGUAACUCUCCGCUGGUCUUCCACCCGGACAGGAAGGACUGGCUGAUCUGGCUCGGUAAGAAGUGCGAGAAGAAGACCAAGGAGUGCUACAUUGAGGCUUCCCUGUCAGAGGACCGAGGGGACAACUGGAAAUCGAUCAAGCGUUACGCACAAAGGUGCGAAUUCACGGGGGCGAGCCAGUACCGCUGGCGCGACAACCGACAGAUCCUGUGCCUGGUCAAGUCGCGCGAGGGCUCAGAGGCUAGCAUCCCGCUCGACCUCAUGUGGAGCGACGACUUCUUCAAGGAGGACAAGGUGGUGCAGAAGAACGUCAAGGACUUUGCGACCAUGGCCGAGUUCAUCGUGGCGGCGGCCGAAGUCAAGCUGGACAAGGACAAGGACCAGACGACGCUGCAGGCGUUUGCGAGUCUGGACGGCAAGACGUAUGCGGCGACAAAGUUCCCAUACAACUUUGAGCAGACGCACUCAAGCGCCGUGACGGUACUCGACAGCUCGACGCACGCCGUUAACAUGUUCGUUCCCACGGUAGCUAAGUCGAACCACAAGUACGGCACCAUCAUCAAGAGCAACUCCAACGGCACUGAGUACGUUGUGAGCAUUUCGGGCGUAAACUGCGACGAUCAGUACUACGUCGACUUUGAGAAGAUGCUCGGUCUCGAGGGAGUCGCCCUGGUCAACGUGGUGGCCAACCGAGACAAGGUGGACGAGCCCAAGAAGAAGCAGACCAAGAUCACGCACAACGACGGCGCCAUGUGGGGCUUCCUGCCGCCGCCCAAGAAGGAUGCCGAGGGCAAGAACUUCGCUUGCCGGAGUGACAAGGGCGACGAAGGCUGCGCGCUGCACCUCCACGGCUACACGGAGCGCCAAGACCGCCAGAAGACGUACUCGUCGGCGGGCGCGGUUGGUCUCAUGCUCGGCAUCGGCAACGUAGGCCCGUCGCUUAGCGACGUUAAGAGCGCCGACACUUUUAUGACGGCGGACGCCGGCAUCUCGUGGACCAAUGUCAAGAAGGGCGCCUGGUCGUGGGCGUUUGGAGACCGGGGUUCCAUCGUCGUGCUCGUGCCGAAGAAGAAGACCAAGACGGUGUCGUACUCGACGGACGAAGGACGGACGUGGGCUGACUACGAGUUUACGUCGGAGGAGGUCGAGGUCGAGGACAUCUCGACGCUCAACUCGGGCGGCUCCAGGAACUUCCUGCUGUGGUGCAAGAAGGGCAAAUCAGUCUUCACGGUCAACCUCGACUUCACAGGCCUUAGCAGCGAGGUCUGCAAGUACGACGAGAAGGACGACAGCAAGAGUGACUACUACCUCUGGAAGGCCAGCCACCCGCUGCAGCAGGACGUUUACUGCCUGUUUGGCCACAAGUCGUCGUACCUGCGCAAGAAGACAGACCGGUCCUGCUACAACGGGAACAAGAUCCAGCAGUUGCGCAAUAUCGAGAUCUGCGAGUGCACGCGCCAGGACUUUGAAUGCGACUUCAACUUCGAGCUCGGAAAGCAAAAUGGUUGCCAGCUUGUGCCUGGCUUCCAACCAAUGAGCAAGGAAGAAUGGUGCACCAAGUACCCGGGUGAGGACGAGUGGUUUGAACCGACGGGCUACCGGCGCAUCCCUCUGAGCACGUGCAAAGGGGGCAGGGAUCUGGAGAACAGCACGACAUCGCACGCGUGCCCAGGACACGAGAAGGAAUACGAACAGCGGCACCCGGGGCCCGGCGGCUUCGUCAUCUUCCUCAUUAUACUACUUUCGUUCGGCGGCGCGGGUGCGGUCGGCUGGUGGGUGUUCCAGCGCUGGGAAGCCGGGGGCAGCUUUGGGCAGAUCCGGCUGGGCGAGCACCCGUCGGGCGGCGGUCUGCUGGACGCGGACAGCCCCUGGGUCCGGUACCCGGUCGUGGCCGUGUCGGCGACAGUGGCUCUCGUCGGGGCGCUGCCAAUGGUGGCGUCGGCCCUGUGGCGGACGGCGACGAGCGCGGCCGAGCGCUGGGGCUUCCCGGGCGGCGCGGGCAGGGGCGCGUACGGAGCCCUGGGUCUAGGCGGCGGGGGAGGCGGCGGGCCCAGGAGGUUCACGACACGGGACAGCUUCGCGCGGGGCACGGGCGACUACGCCGGCCUCGACGAGGACGAGGGCGAGCUCCUCGGGGAAGAUAGCGACGAGGAGAUAUGA